GAAUAUUUUAUCCAGGGAUCUUUAAGAAAUCAUAUUGUCACCUUUGUUAGUGUCAAUUAGACUGAACCCGCCAAAGCCAUGUCACGACACACAUGUGCUAAAUUUAGCUCUCCACCAACAGCCACACCUAUUCUCCUCGCCGGAAGUCUGACCUACACGCAAUACAGGACACCACGGUCUGAUCACCUAGCUCUGAACGAUAGUCAUCUUUAGUCUACGGUAGAUUUUGCCCUAAAAAUAUUUAGUUUAUUCCGACGUGAAUAAUAUAAAUUGCUGACCUUUUUUUUUUAUCGCUCAGAAACUCGUGCUUUGUCUCUGUCCCCCACUGCUGCCCCCCUCUCCCCCGCUUUCCCUGCUUUGCGUGCCCUCACCAAUCGCCCCGGAAGCGGCGUACCAGCUCCUCUACUUAUGACCCACCCCUUGGGUCUCUAAUACCCUCUCUUCUCUUCUCUCUCCCCAACAAUGAGCCUCUCCACGCCCCUUACCCCUGAGGAGAAACAGCUCUACUCACACCUCUUCCGCACGUUGGACCCCCAGCGGCUGGGCCUUGUGUCUGGCGAAAAAGCCCGCGCCACGUUCGAAAAGUCUGGCCUCAGCCCGGCAGUGCUCGGCGAGAUCUGGCAAUUGGCCGACACCGCCAACACGGGUACCCUCUCGCAGCUCGGCUUCUGCGUGGCCAUGCGUCUCAUUGGCCACGUCCAGGCGACGGGCCUCGCCCCGGCGAGCGAGAUGAUUGAUCGUGUCGGGCCGUUGCCGACGUUUGCGGGCAUCGCCUUCGCGCCGUCAAGCAUUGCGACCGUGUCGCGCACGUCAAGUGUCAACCUCGCGCCCCUUCCGCCUAUCACACCGGUGGAGAUCCAGAACUUUGCGACGUUGUUCCGCAACACUGCGCGUGGGCCUGUGCUUGCGGGCGCCACUGCGCGCGACAUUUUCAUGAAGGCCAAAUUGCCAAUGCCCGUGCUCGGCUCGAUCUGGAACUUGGUGGAUGUGAAUAACGCGGGGGAAUUGAGCAUUGACGAGUUUGUGCUCGCGAUGUAUUUGAUUCAGAAUUCGUUGAACGGGAAGGUUCGCGCGUUGCCGGAGACGUUGCCGGAAUACUUGUGGACCGCCACGCGCGCGGGCACAGGUGCGCACGCAGACGCGACUCUUGGUACGCGCGACAUCACUCCCUCCCACCAAACCUCUGACUGGGUCAUUUCACCCCAGUUCAAGCAGCAGUAUGACGCGGUCUUUGCGCUGUUGAAGAGCCCCUCGUCCGACCACCUCACCCCAGACGUUGUCGCAAACUACCUCAUGUCAUCGAAUCUUCCCCAGGAUAUGCUCGCGACGGUGUGGGACUUGGCGGAUAUCUACAAUACUGGCGAGUUUUCGCCGGUUGAGUUUGCCGUUGCGUGUUUCUUGGUCAAGAAGGUGAAGGAGGGGGUGGCGUUACCGGAUGUGGUGGAAGAGAGCUUGAUCCGGAGUGCCAGUACUCCAAGCACCACUACGAAUGCAAACGCUACUUCGAAUUUGAACGCGAACACUACGAAUUUGAAUGCAAACACUACAAAUUUGAAUGUGUCGGCGAAUGCCUCGGCGAACGCUACCCCUGCGCAGUCACGCUACGCGCUGCUGUCGUCGCAGAACACAUCCUCCUUCAACGACUUGGUUGAUCUUUCGUUCUCCAAGCCGACACCCCAGGCCGCUGAGAGUACGGUUUUGCCGGGCCCAGCGCCAUCGAGUCAACGCGUGCCUACGGGGAAGUUUAUGCCAAGCUCAUCAUUCGGGCAGAGUUUGGCCACGAACAACGCAGGUGCGAGUUCUCCAGCUGACACGAAUUCGACCGUGAAUUUAAAUGCUAGUGCUCCUGCAAAUGUUCCUGCGAGUGUUCCUGUCCCUGCAAAUGCUCCUGCUUUCUCGGCUUCCGCCUCGUCAUCUAGAUCUGCCUCCAGUCUGACCAUCCCCCAAACCUCCAGCUACCCUGCCAACAUCAACUACGACGCCUUGCGCGCGGUCCCACCACCACCUGUCCGCAACCAGGCCCCACCCGCGCCCGAAAAGGACCCCCAGUUCCAAAGACGGGCCACCAGCAGCGGGUUCGGCAACCAGUAUGUAAAGCCAGUGGCAAGUACGAAUACCUCGAACUCGGACUUGCUCGCGGACCCCGACAGUGCUCAGCUCUCUGCCGCCACCACUGACAUUGCCAACCUCUCCACCCAGGUCCUGUCGUUAUCGCAGCAAACCACGGGGUUGCACGAAAAGCGUUCCAAGGUGGAAUCGGAGCUCGCUCAGAUUCUCUCCUUCAAGGCUGAGAUCGAAAGCAAGUUGGCCAAACUCCACGCGGCGUACGACCGGGAAAAGAUCACCGUGGCUCAGGUUGAGCAGUCGUUGCUGGCUGCCAAGACUGAGACCGAAUCGCUCCGCCAGGAGGCGUCGCUCGUUGAGGCCCAACUCAACACGCUUCAGCUCCAGUUGCAACAGAACCAGAUGGCGUUGGAGGAGCAGCAAAAGGCAAACGCAUCCUUGAAGGAGCAGAUAGGGAACGUCAAUGCCGAAAAGGCGGAAUUGCUGCGCGAAGCCGAGACGGCGGAGCGUGAGCUCAAGCUUAGUACCGCAAAGGCGGAGGUGGCGCAGUCACAGUUAAGUGUGGCGCAGCUGCAGUAUAAGGCGAUGCUGGAUCGUGUGGCGCAGCAAAAGGCGCAGCACGCGGCAACGCUCCAGCGCGCGGCGCAGUUAGAGGAAGAGAAGGCGCGGAUCGUGUAUCCGGAGCCAUUUGUGCCGCCUAUCGCUAAGGAGCCAUCUGUGGUUCCUGCUGAGGGUGUGAGUGCUAAGGGCGUGGCCGUGGGGGUUGCGGCGGCUGUUGGUGCUACUCUUGGGGCCAGCGAAACCCACACCAAGGAGACUUCGGAUGCCGAUUUCUACCCUGAAACUGGUUUUUACGAAUCGAAGAACGAGUUUGCUUCGAGUGAUUACCCGAACGCCGAGUUCUCCAACGAUUUUUCCACGUUUGACACCUCCAAUCCGUUCUUCGGCUCCGGUGCCAACUCCAGAAAUGCAUCCACGGUGGAGUACCCAACCUCAGAGGUGAAGUAUGCUAACGUUGAGGAUGACGAUUCGAGCGUGGGUCGGACGGUGGUGGCCGGGUCUUCUGGCGACGCCCCGUCAUCCACCGCUGCGUCGUCUCCGCCAAAUCUGGACUUUUCUCCUGGCCAGUUCCAGCAGUUGAAUCUCAUUCGCCCCCAGAGCGUGACAAGCUCCGUUCAGAAUAACGCGGGGGAUAGCGUGAGAGGGGAUUUCGAUGAGAACGACAGGGAGACGGUGAAGGAUUCUGAGGAGGUUGCUGAGGAAGUUGCAGCUCCGGAGGAGGUUUUAGCAAGGGAGGUUAAACCCGAGGUUUCGCCGGAGGGUUCGUCAAAGACAUUGUCGGAGAUUGGUUUCCCCGUGGUUAUGCCAGGAAGCUUCCCAGGGGCGUUACCCGAGGUUGAAUCUGAAGUACCAGCGACUUCUGCUCAUGCAGUGGUUGAAACUGAAGAGCCAGAAGCUUUUUCUAGGGCCUCAGAUACGGAAUCGGCCAGUUCUCACGCCGAAUCGGAUUUGGAGUCUGACGUCGUCACAACAACGGUACCAGAAUCGCCACACACGGCCCAUGGUGCUUUCGAGGCUCCUCUUCCUCCUAUCCCAACCUCCAGAGACACUUCUUCCCACAUUUCUGCCCAAACCUCCUCGCCUGACAGCUUUGAGAUGGUGGAAAAAGCUGAACUCUCCGACGGCUUCUCUUUCGACCACGCUGCCCUGGAUGACUUGUACCACAAGAGUCCGGCGGACGAUUCUACGAUUAGAUUACCUUCCAGUGAGGAGUUCCCUCCGAUGCGUGAGCUCGACUAUGAUGAGAGCGACUCCUCUGAGGAGCCACGGGACGUUCUUGUCACCCACAGUCCCUCCGUUCGCGGCUCCAUUGCCAAUCUGAACGAGUUUGCCGAUGCCUUCGAAGACCUUCCAACAUCCUUGCCAGCGCCUAAGUUUGAGCUGGAUCUGGAAUCUAAGGCUGUGGCCUCGGAAACCUUCCCUCAACCUUCAGGUCUUGACUCACAGCCUACUUCGUCCUCUGACUUUGCUCGUCCAGCCCACCCAUUUGCCCCGCAAACCGGCGACUUUGACUUUGACGACGCUUUCUCCAACUUAGAGCCAGCAGCCCCUGAAGCCAAGUCUCUCUCCCAGUCUGACAAUUUCCAGGACGCCUUUGCUGGCCUCGAACAGGCUCCGGAAGAUACUGACGACUUUGCUGAAGAUGCCUUCAACGCCAACUUUACUAACGAUUUCUUUGGUGAUGAACCUUUCAGUAACAAUCCGUUCCCUGCCAGCCAGGAACAGCCAACUACCGGCACCGCGAGUGACGAGUGGGACCAACUCUUUGCCGGGUUCGGCAACGCCCAGGUCGAGGAACCUCUCCAUUCACAGCCGCCUCCAGUGUCCCCUAGGGCCGCCUCUGGAGCUUCACCGGCGAUCGGUGCCCCGCUCGGGACUGACUUUUCCCUCAGUAACAAGCUUGCGAUUGAGGAGUUGGUAGGUAUGGGCUUUGAUGAGGAGUCUGCCGUGAACGCCUUGAGACGCGAGGACUGGAACAUGGAGGAUGCCACCAACUACUUGCUUGACAACGCCUAG